ACAAUGCCAACCGGGUGCUGCUUGCCCUCUUUGUGGCCGAGAUGCUGCUGAAGAUGUAUGCACUGGGACUGCGCCAGUACUUCAUGUCACUCUUCAACCGGUUCGACUGCUUCGUGGUGUGUUCCGGGAUUUUGGAGACCAUCCUUGUGGAGCUGGGCACCUUGUCUCCCCUGGGCAUCUCUGUGCUGCGCUGCAUCCGGCUCCUCCGCAUCUUCAAGAUCACCAGGUACUGGACAUCACUGAGCAACCUGGUGGCCUCUCUGCUCAACUCAGUCCGCUCCAUUGCCUCUUUGCUACUCCUCCUUUUCCUCUUCAUCAUCGUCUUUGCCCUGCUGGGCAUGCAGCUCUUUGGGGGUAAAUUUGAUUUCGAGGACAUGGAAGUGCGGCGCAGCACAUUUGACAACUUCCCCCAGGCCCUCAUCAGUGUCUUCCAGAUCCUGACCGGAGAAGACUGGAACUCAAUCAUGUACGAUGGGAUCAUGGCCUUCGGGGGCCCAUCCUUUCCUGGCAUGCUGGUCUGCAUUUACUUCAUCAUCCUUUUCGUUUGUGGGAACUAUAUCCUCCUCAAUGUCUUUCUGGCCAUCGCGGUCGAUAAUCUGGCUGAGGCUGAGAGCCUGACCUUAGCCCAGAAGGCCAAAGCAGAGGAACGCAAGCGGCGGAAGAUGUCCCGAGGUUACCCAGAGAAGACUGAAGAGGAGAAGCAGGUUCUGACAAAGAAGCUGGAGCAGAAAGCCAAGGGAGAAGGAAUUCCCACAACAGCUAAGUUAAAAGUGGAUGAAUUUGAAUCCAAUGUCAAUGAGAUCAAAGACCCCUACCCUUCUGCAGACUUCCCAGGUGAUGAUGAGGAAGAUGAGCCUGAAAUCCCUCUGAGUCCUCGGCCGCGUCCCCUCGCAGAGCUACAACUGAAAGAGAAGGCCGUGCCAAUGCCUGAAGCCAGUUCCUUCUUCAUCUUCAGCCCAACCAACAAGUUUCGGGUGCUGUGCCACAGAACUGUCAAUGCCACCUGGUUCACUAACUUCAUCCUGCUCUUCAUCCUGCUCAGCAGCAUCUCACUGGCAGCUGAGGAUCCCAUCCGGGCUGAGUCCUUCCGCAACAAGAUUCUUGGAUACUUUGACAUUGGUUUCACUUCUGUCUUCACAGUUGAAAUUGUCUUGAAGAUGACAACCUAUGGUGCUUUCCUGCACAAAGGCUCCUUCUGCAGAAACUCCUUCAAUAUCCUUGACUUACUGGUGGUCGCUGUCUCCCUCAUCUCCAUGGGAUUUGAGUCCAGUACCAUCUCUGUGGUGAAGAUCCUCCGGGUGCUGAGGGUGCUGAGGCCUCUGCGAGCCAUUAACAGGGCAAAGGGGCUGAAGCACGUGGUCCAGUGUGUGUUUGUGGCCAUCAAGACUAUCGGUAACAUCGUGGUUGUCACGACGUUGCUACAGUUCAUGUUUGCCUGUAUUGGGGUUCAGCUCUUCAAGGGCAAGUUCUAUAGGUGCACAGACCCAUCCAAGCUGACAGAGAAGGAGUGCAGGGGUCAGUUUAUCAACUAUGUGGACGCAGACCCCACGCAGAUUGAGGUCCAGAAGCGUAUCUGGCUGCACAGCAACUUCCACUUCAACGAUGUCUUCUCAGCCAUGAUGUCACUUUUCACGGUCUCCACCUUCGAGGGCUGGCCAGAGCUGCUGUACAUGGCUAUUGACACCAAUGCUGAGGAUGCAGGCCCAAUCUACAACUACCGGGUGGAGAUUGCAAUGUUCUUCAUCAUCUACAUUAUCCUCAUUGCCUUCUUCAUGAUGAACAUCUUUGUGGGCUUUGUCAUUGUCACCUUCCAGGAGCAGGGGGAGAACGAGUACAAGAACUGUGAGCUGGACAAGAACCAGCGCCAGUGUGUGCAGUAUGCGCUGAAAGCUCGCCCCCUGCGCCGCUACAUCCCCAAGAACCCCUACCAGUACCAGAUCUGGUACGUGGUGACCUCCUCUUACUUUGAGUACCUCAUGGUCUUCCUGAUCCUGCGGAACCCCAUCUGCCUGGGCAUGCAGCAUUACAACCAGUCUCCAGAAAUGAACCAUGUCUCUGACAUCCUCAACGUGGCCUUCACCAUCCUCUUCACCCUGGAGAUGGUCCUCAAGCUCAUGGCCUUUAAAGCCAAGGGCUACUUUGGAGACCCCUGGAAUGUCUUUGACUUCCUCAUAGUGAUUGGCAGCAUCAUUGACGUCAUCCUCAGUGAGAUAGACACUAUUCUUGCACCCAGUGGCGGAUUGUACUGCCUCAGCGGAGGCUGUGAUGGCAUUGAAUCCGAUGACAACUCCCGCGUCUCCAUCACUUUCUUCCGACUGUUCCGGGUGAUGCGGCUGGUGAAGCUGCUGAGCCGGGGGGAAGGUGUCAGGACCCUGCUGUGGACCUUCAUCAAGUCCUUCCAGGCUUUGCCAUAUGUGGCCCUGCUGAUCGUGAUGCUUUUCUUCAUAUAUGCUGUGAUCGGGAUGCAGAUGUUUGGGAAGAUCGCCAUGGUGGAUGGGACCCAGAUCAACCGAAACAACAACUUCCAGACCUUUCCACAAGCUGUGCUGCUGCUCUUCAGGUGUGCAACUGGCGAGGCCUGGCAGGAGAUCCUGCUGGACUGCAGCUACGGCAGGCGCUGCGACCCGGAGUCGGACUAUGCCGAGGGCGAGGAGUACAGCUGUGGCACUGGCUUCGCCUACUUCUAUUUCAUCAGCUUCUACAUGCUCUGUGCCUUCCUGAUCAUUAACCUUUUUGUGGCUGUCAUCAUGGACAACUUUGACUACCUGACCCGGGACUGGUCCAUCCUUGGGCCCCAUCACCUGGAUGAGUUCAAACGGAUCUGGGCUGAGUAUGAUCCUGAGGCCAAAGGCAGAAUCAAACACUUGGAUGUGGUGACUCUGCUGAGGCGUAUCCAGCCUCCCCUGGGCUUUGGGAAGUUCUGCCCACACCGUGUAGCUUGUAAGCGUCUGGUGUGUAUGAAUAUGCCCCUGAACAGUGACGGCACUGUCACCUUCAAUGCGACCCUCUUUGCGCUGGUGAGAACAGCCCUCAAGAUCAAGACAGAAGGUAAUUUUGAACAGGCCAAUGAGGAGCUCAGAGCAAUUAUCAAAAAAAUCUGGAAGCGAACAAGUAUGAAGCUUUUGGACCAAGUCAUCCCACCUAUUGGAGAUGAUGAGGUGACAGUGGGCAAAUUCUAUGCCACUUUCCUGAUCCAAGAGCAUUUCAGGAAGUUCAUGAAGCGCCAGGAGGAGUAUUAUGGGUACCGGCCCAAGAAGAACCCUGUGGAGAUCCAGGCUGGACUGAGGAGCAUUGAAGAAGAAGCUGCUCCUGAAAUCCAUCGUGCCAUUUCUGGGGACCUGACUGCUGAGGAGGAACUGGAAAGAGCCAUGGUGGAGGCUGCCUUGGAGGAAGGGAUAUAUAGGAGGACAGGUGGCUUGUUUGGCCAGGUCGACAGCUUCAUGGAGCCCAGUAGCCCACUGCAGCCCCAGAUGGCCAGCCAGAGGCCCCUGCAGUUCACCGAGGUGGGCAGUGAGGACCUUGACUCCCCCGUGUUCCUUGAUGACUUCCCCCAGGAAGGCAACACCAAUGUCAACAAUGCCAACAACAGUGACUGGCUGGAGGGGGUAGAGUAUGAGGACGAGAUGCUGAGGAAGACUGUACCAGCAGUACCCAGGCAUCUGGUGCAGGAAUGCAACCACCCCAUCCCCAUGGAGGGGCUGUACCGAAGGCCAAGCAAGAGACAAGAAGCCACCUCUGGGGGUCCCCAAUUGCCAGGGCCACUCCUUCUCCUGCAGCAGCUGCAUGGAGAGGAUGGCACUGUGACAGGAACAGCAUCCAGCACAGGGUUCGAGAAGGAAGAAAGCAGAGAGCCAAGCACAUCCUCCACCCCAGCCAUUACCUUCCUCAUUCAGGAGGCUCUGAUCUCCGGGGGCCUUGGAGCUCUGGCCCAUGACCCAUCCUUCAUAGCAGUGACCAGGGAUGAGAUGGCAGCCAGCAGCCAGUUGGAGAUGGAUGAAGUGGAGAAAGCAGCCGUGGAGCUGCUAAAGGGAAGAAAAAAUCUACACGGCACAAAAACUGGCUCUGCCCCUCCAGACACCUUGGUCAUGUCACCAGCCAGAUCCCCAGGGCUCAGUGCACGCCCUUCCCGAAAGACCUUUGCUGCCACUCACCUGUGA